AUGCGCAUCUUCGCUGAGCGCGACGGCGUCAGCAUCGCGCCGUCGCCGGGAAAGGGUCACGGCGUCUUUGCCGCUCGCCACAUCCCCGCCGAGGUGUCGGUCGGCGACUAUGCGGGCGACAUCCUCUCGCAGCGGGACGUCGAGGUGCGGUACGAGGCGGCGCCGCGAGCGCACGCGCUCUGGUGCGAGGCCGACGAGGCGUGGCUGCGCCGCCGCGGCGCGCUCGGGAUCGGCUGCUCGGGAGACUACAUCUUCAGGGUGGGCGACGACACCUUCGUGGACAGCGAGGAGUACGCGACCGCCAACUGGACGCGCUUCUUAAACCACGGCGCCGACGCCAACCUGCGCGUCAAGUCGCUGCUCAAGGGCAUGGACGGGCGGCCGAGGGUGUGGUUCCAGGCGCUGCGCGACAUCGAGCCAGGCGAGGAACUGCUGUGGGACUACGGCGAGUCGUACUGGAGGGCGAGCGACGUGCUCUACCAGUACUGGGGUUACGCCUGGGUGUACGCGGCCACCAUCGCCAACGCCACCUUCGCCGUGCGCGACACCGGCAAGUCAGCGUACGAGCUCAAGACCGGGCAGCGCCCCAAGAUGAACAUGUUCUACCCGUGGGCGUGCAAGAUGAUCGUCAAGUCGCCCCCCCACCUUGUGGCGAACGGUGUCUCACCCACAGGCGAGAUGGCGGCCUUCCUCGGCAUCUUGUCGAACUAUAUGAGCCGCCACCCACCCGGGUGA